AUGAAAUCCUCUUUCAAAUCUGAAUAUCCAUUUGAAAAAAGAAAGGCUGAAGCUGAAAGAAUUUCUCAAAAAUUUCAAAAUAGGAUCCCAGUAAUUUGUGAAAAAGUUGAAAAAUCAGAUGUUCCUGAUAUUGAUAAGAGAAAAUAUCUUGUACCAGGUGAUUUGACUGUUGGGCAAUUUGUAUAUGUUAUUAGAAAAAGAAUCAUGUUACCUCCUGAAAAGGCCAUCUUCAUUUUUGUUAAUGAUACUCUACCACCAACUGCGUCCUUGAUGUCGGCUGUUUACCAAGAACACAAAGAUAAAGAUGGGUUUUUAUAUGUGACAUACUCAGGUGAAAAUACAUUUGGUUCUAAUACAUUUCAAUUUUAG